AUGGGCCGCAGGCCGAAUGCGCUUGUCAGCGAAUACUUUGCAAGGGGCGCCAAAUGCUCCGACACUAGCAACAGAUACUCCCACACUUGCAAAAGAUGCGGAGAAAACUUCCCCAAAGGCAGGGUCGAUAGCCUGAUGAGCCAUCUGCUACGGCGCUGCUCUCACACAAGUCAGCUUGAGCGAACCUUCAUCUAUCGAUCAAUUCAACAACAGAAUCCAACAGCUCCUUCUCGGGAAGACGAGAACCCUCCAUCCACUGGCUUGGCGGACAAUGGCAAGGAAUCAGAAGUGCAAGGAGAAACGCUAUCACCAGUACUCCAUCAAGUGCAGCAACAGUCUGCACUUGACACACUGGCCGAAGUUUCAAGACGGCAGCUCGACAUUUCUGCCCAUGUCCAAUCCCGCCAGGAUGUCGAAGUUGAACCGAAGACGCCUGAGGUCGACCAACAAAAUCCAUACGGGCAAUUGUAUUCCCAGCUCAGAGAAGCAGUCGAUGCAGCACCAGCCGCUCCCAAUGCUGAAGAUGCGCAGUCGUCCACAUUCCAUGCUUCUACGCUGAAUACCAGCUCGGCGGCACCGCUAGUGGAAACAGCAUCCGCCGCAACUGAGCAGCUAGAGCAGAUAGUACGGCAGGACAAUCUUGACCCUGCKCUAGAAAGUCACGAUGCGCACAGGAGAGAGGAGCUCGACUCGCACAAGCCAUCCGAAGCAGACUCUACCCAUACUUCGCCACCAGGAAUCUCACAGUUUAUUUCCAGGCCCAUUGGAUUUACCAGCCUACCUGCUGACGACGACCAUGAGCCAAUGUCGUGGGUCUCAAGCAACGGUCCGAUUGAGUUGUAUCCAUCAUCUCACAGUCUCCGGAACAUCAUGGCAAAGGCGAAGAAACCCAUGAGUUUCCUCCCAAAAGAUGGUGUCACAGUUGCGCACACCUUCCCGAGCAGUCUUUCCGAUGCUAUGGCGGCAUCUAACCAACCCAUGUCCGGUUUUGGACCUCUUCGAAAUGACACCAAGGUACGCAGCAGGUUCUCGGACGAUCGUCGGAAAGAGGUCCAAGAAACCCGUAAGCGUGGGGCCUGUAUCCGAUGUCGUAUGCUGAAGAAACCGUGCUCGGAAGGUACACCAUGCAAUGCUUGUAAAGUUGUAGGAUCUGCCCGCCUGUGGAAGGGGUCGUGUUUGCGGACAAGACUGGCGGACGAAUUCACCUUGUGGUCUGCUGCAUUAUUCACCAAUAGAGCCCAGAGCGCAGUAGCCGGUGCAUCUCAAGGCUUGGAAGAUAUUUCGAUCGACGCUGCAAUCGAGGUACGGCUCUCUUCAGGCAGUGACUCCUACAUCAGUCUUCCCGCGAGGAGGUACAACCAAAACAACCUGGCUCGACAACAAAACGCAAGGAAUGCAUACGGUGGUGACGAUCCGGACCUAGUAUUGCGAGCCCAGUUUGAAGCGCACAUGGAGAGUCCUCCGGUGUAUCUCCUGGAAGAAGAUGCUGUUGUGUCGUCCAAGCUCGAGGAGCACAUCGGCCGUUUGUUUGAUUGUCAUAUCGACCAUGAGCCCUCUCAUUUCCUAAAGGCCACUCUUCAACAUGCCCAGACUUUACUGCGUGAAGAAGAGAGCGAGGCAACAACAUCAGAUCCCCUCUCCACGAACUCUGCACGCACAAGCUACACAUUCCAACACCAACUUCUCCGCAACGUCGUCGAACUCUGGAUUUUGACUAGGAUUUUGACUCGAAAAGAUGAUUCCGAGAUUCACAUCCGACUGCCUCCGGAAGAAUCACAUCCCGAGCUGCUCCCUCAAAACAUACCCAUAUUGCGCGCCCAAAUCCUGUCAUCUCUCGAGUCCCGYAGCGCAACUCUCGGCAAAUCCAUCACGAAUGAGCUGGAACGCCGACUCCUCCAACGCCAACAAGUAUCCCGAUUUGGGACUUUCAUUGCCUCAGUCCUUUUACUAAACUGUAUCGAGCGCAUGGCAGAAUUCUUCCACGAGAUCGAAACGAACGACAGAGAAACCGAAUCUCCACCAUUAUGGCCUCAAGGAUCCCACUUUGCAGACCUUCUAAUCAUGCUCUUACGCAUGAGAGGUCUCCCGCCCAAGACGAAAGCAGAUUCCCAGGGAAAACUGGUGGUUGCGAUUCCGUCGACCAAUGAAAAUCCCGCUAGACCGGUAUCAGCGACGAAGAAAGCUGAGCGCGAAGCGUUGGAAUUGGCGACGGAGUGGUUGAAUCCGUUGAAAUUGGACUAUGAAGCGUUGGUGAGGACCAGUGAUGAUGAGCAUCGAGAAGGGACGUGGGAUAUGAGGUUCGUUUGCCGAGCUUUAUUGUCUGUAGACGGAGUUAGGAAGUGA